GCCAGAGAGCUUGGAGGAAAAGCAGAUCCUCAACCAUGAGCUCCAGUCAGCCAGGGACCUGCCCUUGCCAGGGUGCUGCAGGUCGCCCAAACAUUCUCUAUGCGCUUCUGAACCCCAGCCUCAGGGCCAGGCCCUCUGUGCCCCCUGCCCCAAGCCACUGCCUGUGCAGGCAGCACCGACCUGUCCGGCUGUGUACACCUCAUCGCACCUGCCGCAAGGCCUUGGAUGUUCUGGGUAAGACAGUGGUCUUCCUCAGGAACCUGCCAUCCUUCUGCCAGCUGACCCACCAGGAUCAGCGACAGCUACUGUGGGGCUGCUGGGGCCCCCUUUUUCUUCUUGGGUUAGCCCAAGAUACUGUGACCUUUGAGGUGACUGAGGCCCCGGUUCCCAGCAUACUCAAGAAGAUCCUGUUGGAGGAGCCCAGCAGCAGUGCAAGCAGCAUCCAGUUGCCAGACAGGCCCCAGCCUUCUCUGGCUGGGGUACAGUGGCUUCGGUGCUGCCUGGAGUCCUUCUGGAGCCUGGAGCUGAGCCCCAAGGAAUAUGCCUAUCUGAAGGGGACCAUGCUCUUCAAUCCUGAUGUACCAGGCCUCCAUGCCUGCUCUCACAUCGGGCACCUGCAGCAAGAAGCUCACCAGGCACUGUGUGAGGUCUUGGAGCCCUGGUGCCCGGCAGGCCAAAGCCGCUUGGCCAGGGUCCUCCUCACAGCUUCCACUCUCAAGUCCAUCCCACCCAGCCUGCUUGGGGACCUCUUCUUUCGCCCUAUCAUUGGAGACAUUGACAUCGCUGGACUCCUUGAGGAUAUGCUUUUGCUGAGCCAACCUGCUCCCACCCAAGCAGAGGCCAGAUGUUGGCUGGAUAGAAGCUGGCAGUAUUGACUGUGCCCAGCUGCCCUCAGGAUGACCUAGUACUCCCAAAGUGGGUAAGCCAGCGCAGACAGUACUCACCUCCCUGCGAGCAAGUGGGCCCUGGUGCAAUCAGAUGGGCUACAGGGCCCUCAUUUAGCCAUCCCCAACUUGGCCUUCCUUUGGCUAGACAUAGUGAUCCAGCAAUGCGACUGGUCCCUGGUGCACACCAGAACCUCUGGCCUCUAGGACCAGACUCCUAUCCUUUCCUGGGUGUCCCUUUAGACUACUUCUUGUACAGGAGUCCUACUGACUUUGUACAGAACUGUUUUAAGUUAUUGGUUUUUGUAAUAAAAAUGUAAAACCCUUAGAGUCUGA